GGCUGAGCGCUGGCGCUUAAGGCAAGACAAGGCUAGGCCAUGUGCUUCCGGAGUCGCCUGCAAACAAGAGAGGGAUCUUCGUGGCUCUUGGCCUGCACAGCUCAACGAUGUCCGAGGCAUCCGCCAGAAGCUUGGGGAAAGGAAGCGCGCCUCCCGGUCCGGUCCCGGAGGGUCAGAUCCGCGUCUACAGCAUGAGGUUUUGCCCCUACGCUGAGAGGACGCGGUUGGUCCUGAAGGCCAAGGGAAUCCGGCACGAAAUUGUCAACAUCAACCUGAAAAACAAGCCUGAGUGGUUCUUCAAGAAGAAUCCGUCUGGGCUGGUGCCAGUUCUGGAGGACAGUCGGGGUCGCUUGAUCCGCGAGUCCCUCAUCACUUGUGAGUACCUGGAUGAGGCGUACCCGGAGAAGAAGCUGUUCCCAGACGACCCUUACGAGAGAGCUUGCCAGAGGAUGACCAUAGAGUUAUUCUCUAAGGUGCCCUCCUUGGUUUCAAGCUUUAUUAGGACGAAGAAGAAGGAAGACCAUCCUGGCAUAAAAGAAGAAUUGAGGAAGGAAAUGAGCAAGCUAGAGGAGGCUAUGACUAAUCGGAAGGUAGCCUUCUUUGGUGGGGAUUCUCUCUCUAUGGUGGAUUAUCUUCUGUGGCCUUGGUUUGAACGGCUGGAAGUGCUGGAACUCGAUGAGUGUAUAGCCCACACCCCAAACCUCAAGCUCUGGAUGGCAGCCAUGCAGAAAGACCCCACAGUAUCAUCUGACUUACUUGAUGCCAAGAGCUUUCGUGGUUUCUUAAGUCUCUACCUACAGGACAGCCACGAGGCCUGUGACUAUGGGCUCUAAGGGCAUAAGUCCUUAGUGAAUGAUAUUUUCCUUUACUGAUAUGAAUGGCAAGCUCUCACUUAGCCCAGUAUUCUCCCUGGCUCAUUUCUCACUGAUUUCACCUUAUGGCCUAAUUGGGUUUCCUCCAGGCCCCUCUGCUGCUGUAUUUCUAUUUCAGAAUAAUCAAUUCUAGUGGUCCUAACACUUCACCGAAAACCCCCAAACCAUCACCUGUAGUUUGAACUCCUGAUUUCAAAAAAAUGUCAAAUUUUUUAUUCCUUAUUUUUAAAUUAAAAGCUGCGAUUUCCCAUUAUUUCCAUCA